AUGGAGGAGCACACAGCCAAGCGGCUCUGCUGUCGGACGGAUUACGGGUCGGUGUGCCGGCCAGGCCAGCUCGCCGAAGCCGAAGCUUGGGCUCCCUCGGCGGCCAACACGCAGCGCCCGGAGUCGCUGCUGGAUAUCGCGGCCAGGCGGGUGGCGGAAAAGUUGCCCUUUCAGCGGGUGGAGGAAGGUUUCCAGCGGAUUCCGGAGCCUGUACAACGACGGAUUUUGUACUGGUCUUUCCCGAGAAGCGAGCAAGAAAUCAGCGUGUAUUCGUCGUUCGGAAGCGAGGCGGAGGAAGAUUACGACCCGGAGAAAGACGACGCGAGUCCGGUGCCUUUCCGCCGCGGAGUCGCUCUAGUGGAGGAAGAUUGCGUCGAUAAUGUUCUACAAGUGGGCUUUCGCCUGAGCGGCACGGUGCGAGAGCUGCCGACGAUGUUGGAUUACGACGGGCCGUGCACCGUCAGCGUCAGCUUCGAUCGCUGCAAGAUCACGUCGGUGACGUGCUCCUGCGAAGACAAGGAGAUCUUCUACUGCGCCCACGUGGUGGCGCUGGCGCUGUACCGCAUUCGCAGCCCCGAGCUGGUCGAGCUACGGCUGCCCAUCUCGGAGACGCUCUUCCAGAUGAACCGCGACCAGCUGCAGAAGCUGGUCCAGUACCUGAUCACGGUGCACCCCAACCAAGUGCUGCCCAUUGCGCAGAAGCUUGCCGACGAGAUCCUGGGGCAGAACUCUGAGAUUAACCGGGUGCACGGCGCCCCCGACCCGACGGCAGGGGCCAGCGUAGACGACGACAGCUGCUGGCAUCUGGACGAGGAUCGAGUCCGGGAUGAAGUCGAGCGCUUCCUGUGUCAGGGCGGUUACGACGAUUCUGGCAGUGAGCACUACCGUCUAUUCAGCAAGGUUAGAGACAUGCUGAAGAUGCGAGACUCCAACGGCGCCCGCAUGUUGACGCUGAUCACCGAGCAGUUCAUAGGGGACCCUCGACUGGCGGGGUGGCGCCAAAAUGGGAACACCAUGACCAACAAGUACAGGCAGCUUUGGGAUGAACUCGGGGUGCUGUGGAUGUGUGUCGUCCUCAACCCGCACUGUAAGUCAGAUCAGAAGUCAUCAUGGCUGAGGCAGCUUCGCCGCUGGAACGGCAUGGAUGUGUGCCCCCUGGAGGAGGGAAACCAGCUCGGCAACCUCGACGCCACACAGCAAGGACAGAACGCCAAUCCUGACUCACCUCAGCGAACUGUUUUCACAAGAGCCAUAGAGGCCUGCUCCCUGAACUGGCAGGACCCCCACCUGCAACGCAUCCUCACCGAGGACCGCUACGCCGAUUGCUCUCGCCACGACAACUCGGAGCUCUUUGACAGCCAAGGGCGGCCACUGUGGCAGGAACACGUCCCCACGGCGUGCGCCCGCGUGGAUGCCCUGCGCUCUCACGGCUACCCCGAGGAGGCGUUUCGGCUGGCCGUGGCUGUGGUCAACACGAUACGACGGCAGCAGCACAAACAGCUGGAGUUUUUCCGCGCUCAUAAGAAAGAGGUGCUCCGCGAGUGCGUGACGUCUGUCACCAACCUGGAGGGUUGGGUGGGACACCCGUUAGACCCCGUGGGGACCCUCUACAGCACCCUGAUGGAGAUUCUUCACGAUGAGUUCCUGGAUGUAGAGGACACGGAGGAGCUCGCUGCGGAGGUGGCGCUGAUCGGCCUGGGACAGCAGAGGGUCAUGCCUGACGGUCUUUACGCGCAGGAGAAAGUGUCUCGCAACGAGGAGCAGCUGCUGGCCAAGCUGUCGGAGUUUGCGUCGUACGGGCUGGUCGACGUUUUCCGCAACCAGGCGGAGAUCUUGCUGGAGGCUGGUCCUUAUAGCGGUCUAGGCGAGUUGGUGGAUAGAGAGAGUGUCCCCAUGCACAACUUAGCUAAAUUACUCUUCACGUCGCUGCUAAGUUCUGAACCUGAGCUGGCCUACAAGAUUGCACUGAGGGCCAUGAGACUACCGGUCCUGGAGUCCAGCAUGGCUUCCGGCGACCUGUCACGGUCGCGUGAUAUGGUGUCGGAGGACAAUCGUUACCCACGCUGGUUCACGUUGAGCCACAUCGAGUCGAAACAGUGCGAACUGGCGUCUGCUAUGCUAACUGCUGCCAGGGGCAAGACUUGUAAACUGCAAACAGUUCUGGAAUCCAUCCAGAAGAACAUCCACUCCUCUUCACACAUAUUCAAGCUGGCCCAGCACGCCUACAACAUAGCCUUCACUGACGGCCGGCCGGAUCUGACGGUGCUUAAAGUGUCUCUGGAGCUGGGCCUCCAGGUGAUGAGAAUGACACUGCCUACUUUCCAUUGGCAAAGAAGAGCGAAGGUGCGCUGGUUCGUCAGGUGCGCCACUGCAGUCGGUGUGUCUGCGCUGGAGAGCAUCAUGCAAGGCUGGGAGACCCUGUUUACCCCCAAAGAGGCCACCAAGGAGGUGGCUGUUGACGUUGUGUUUUACAGCACCUCGGCGCACCUCGACUUAGACUCUCGGCAGCAGGAGAACUUGGCAAACUCGGCGCGCACCCUGGCGCUGCAGUGCGCAGUCAAGGACCCGGAGAACUGCGCCCUGUUGGCCCUAAAGCUGUGUGAGAAGGACCACACAGCUUUCGAGACGGCCUACGGGAUCGUGCUAGAUGCCGCCUCGGCGGGCAUGAGCUACAUGAAUCUGUUCAGGAUUGCGCGCUACAUGGAAAAACGCGACUACCCGGUGCGGGCAUACAAGCUUGCCACCUUGGCUAUAACUCAGCUGAACCUCAACUACAACCAGGAUACGGACCCGGCCAUCAACCACGUCCUGUGGGCCUGCUCUCUCAGCCACUCGUUGGGCAAGACCGAACUGACGGCAGUCAUCCCGUUGGUAAUGAAGAACGUCAAGUGCGCCACGGUGCUGUCGGACAUUCUGGGCCGGUGUACGCCAACCGCUCCCGGCCUAGCCGUGCCGGACAGUCGAAGGAACGCGAGCGAGCCUAUCUCCCUGGACAAAGCGCAGCUACGGGACCUGCUGGACGCCACCGUGGACGCCUAUAUCAACACCGCGCAUUUGCGCCUCACGCACAUCACCCCGGGACGCUACGGCAAGUUCAUCGAGUUCCUCAGCAAGGCGCGCGACACCUUCCUAAUGGCCCACGACAGCCACGUGCAGUUUACAGAGUUCAUCGACAAACUCAAGCAGCUCCACAAGGGCAAAAAGAAACUCAUGAGGCUUGUGCGAGAGCGAUUCGACUGA